UUCUUUUAAAAUUAAAGUUUUUUUUUAAUAAUAGUGUUUAGAUAAAUAAUAAUAAUGAACAAUAUUAUAAACUAUUGCUAUAAUAGAUGUUUUAAUAGUAAUAAUGCUUCAGAUAAUAAAUCAGAUAAUAAAUCAAAUAAUAAUAACAAUAUCUCCGAUAAUUGCAGUACAAGUCCUAAAAAAACCAGUAUAACAAUAAAUUUAAAACCUGAUAGUGAAAGCGAUAAUUCCGAAAAUAAUAUCAUCAAAGCCCCCAGUGGUUACAUAGAAAACAAUCAAAAUGAAAAAGAGUAUAUUUUAGAAAGUUGUGUUUGUAACAGUGGAAAGAAAUAUGAAAUUAUAUGUACUGAUUGCCAUCAAUUACUAUGCACAUUAUGUAACAGUACCCAUAUAAAGCAUAAAUUAUUAAAGAUUGAAAUAAAUUCAAUUGUAUUUCAAAAAAUUUUAAAAUCAAAUCAAAAUCUAAUGUUAUUAGAAAAUGCAAAAUCAAAUUUUUGUAAAGUAGAGGAAUUAAUAAUGAAAAAUCAAGAUUUAAAUAACAACAGCCCAGAGUUAGAUCAAUAUAUGGAAUUUAUAGAUUUAGCAAUUAAAAAUGUUAUAGUAGAAAAUGAAAAUGUAAUCAGAAUUUAAUUAAAUAAAAAAAUAAAAAAUAAAAAAUAAAAAAUAAAAAAUUAAAAAUAAAAAAUUAAAAAUAAAAAAUAAAAAAAUAAAAAAGAAAUAAAAAAAGAAAGAAACAAAAAUAAUUUUAAUUUUAACAAUUGUCAAAAUUAAAAUAUAAAAUAGAAUUAAGAUUCUAU